UUUUGCCAAGUCUUCACACUCUUUUCCUCUUAUGUGUCACCUUCCCCUCAAAAACCUACAAAUUGUAAUUAAACCCCCCCUAAUCACUUCUUACAUGGCACUUAAUCACACACAAACAACAACAAAUAAAACAUCUGUGUCCUGAAAAGCAAAACAAAUUUGACAAAACAGUCUUCUUCCUUCCGGUUUUUUGUUUCUUUCUUUUCUUGUCUUCUGUCAGUGUUCUUUCAGUUCAAGAGUUUCAGAACCAAGAACCAAGAUUCUGUUUUUUUUUUUUUUUUUUUUUGCAGCUGUUGUUAGGACAACCUUAAACCCUAAAGUUUCCUUAAUCUCCUGAAAAAAUCACUUGGGGUUAAGGUAAAAAGGAAAAAAAAAACCGAAACAUUUAGGAAAAUCCAAAUUGGAACUUCCUUGUUCCACCUCAGAUUCAGUACCCCAGCUUUUAAUUGAAAGCGCCGUUUCUGAAUUAUUCACGUGGAUACCCGCAUAUACAAUAGAUUGACCCAAUGAGAGAAGAGAGCACUCCUACAAAGCCUUCAAAGCCAGCUUCAACUCAGGAGACACCAACUGCACCUUCGUAUCCUGAUUGGUCAAGCUCUAUGCAGGCUUAUUAUAGUGCUGGAGCUACUCCUCCCUUCUUUGCCUCACCCGUUGCUUCUCCUGCUCCCCACCCGUACUUGUGGGGAGGUCAGCAUCCUCUUAUGCCUCCUUAUGGGACUCCAGUCCCAUAUCCAGCUUUAUAUCCUCCUGCCGGAGUUUAUGCUCAUCCUAACAUGGCCACGCCAUCUCCAAAUACUGCGCAGGCAAAUCCAGAAUCAGAUGGGAAGGGUACGGAAGGGAAGGAUCGGAAUUCUAGCAAAAAGUUAAAGGCCUCUUCUAGUAGCAAGGCAGGGGACAACGGGAAAGUUACUUCGGGUUCCGGAAAUGAUGGUGCCACACAAAGUGAUGAAAGCAGAAGCGAAGGUACCUCAGAUACAAAUGAUGAAAAUGAUAACCAUGAAUUUGCUGCAAACAAGAAGGGAAGCUUUGAUCAAAUGCUUGCAGAUGGAGCCAGUGCACAGAAUAAUCCUGCAACAGUGAAUUACCCGACUUCUAUACAUGGAAAUCCUGUCACUGUGCCUGCAACAAACCUAAAUAUUGGAAUGGACGUGUGGAAUGCAUCAUCUGCCGGUCCUGGAGCGAUCCAAAUGCAGCCAAAUGCGUCUGGUCCAGUUAUAGGACAUGAAGGAAGGAUUAAUGAUCAGUGGAUGCAGGAUGAACGUGAACUUAAAAGGCAAAAGAGAAAGCAAUCUAAUAGGGAGUCAGCUAGGAGGUCAAGGCUACGCAAGCAGGCAGAGUGUGAAGAGCUACAACGUAGAGUAGAAGCUUUGACCAAUGAGAAUCAUUCACUCAAAGAUGAGCUCCAAGGGCUCUCUGAGGAAUGUGAGAAGCUUACCUCGGAGAAUAAUUCGAUAAAGGAAGAGUUAGCACGGUGGUGUGGACCAGAUGCGGUGUCUAAGCUAGAAAGCAGUGGCACUAAUGCCACACAUGCUCAAUCUAAUGUUGAGGAAGCUAGUUAAGGAAAGCUAGAAAAGCCAGGUCUGAGUAGGUGAUUUUAGUACAAGUGCUCACAAAUCUUUGAGGAGCCUAAAGAAUUCAUUGCUUCUAGGUGCAGCAGAAUGAGAAAUGUUUGUUGUCCUACUAACCUAUACCAUUUUAACCCUUUCUGAGUGUGACUGUAACAUUUUACAUUUACUUUCUAAUUGUAACCCCAGUGUUGAGUCUGAGUCUGUGAAACUUGUUUUUAAAUUAAUUACAAUACAAUAACUGGAGUACUGUAAACUUAAAUUGUCUUCAAGUGAACUUGGAGUUUUACUUUUAUGCUA